CAUCAUCAUAAAAUGUGUACAUGUGACGAAAACACACGAGGUCACUGAUUGACGAUCGUCUGGAAAGGUAACGCUGUUUUUCUGCUGUUUUUGCAAGCAGAAUGUCGUCCAUUUUGGCGCUGACAAGACCAGGUCUUGUUCACAGGCUUUGUCUGAAUGCCAGUCGUCCAGCUGCCUGCGUUACAGGCACCCGUCUUCUCCACAGAGAGCCUCUGGAUGAGGAGUGGGCCCAGCUGGCCAAGAAGCAGCUCCGUGGAGCUGAUCCUGCUGAGAAGCUGACAUGGCACACUCCUGAGGGCAUCGAUGUCAAGCCACUUUUCACCAAGAAGGACACAGACAACACUGAACAUGAGAUCCCUGGAAAAUACCCCUUCACCAGGGGACCAUAUCCCACUAUGUACACAGGGAGACCGUGGACCAUCCGCCAGUAUGCAGGUUUUAGUACAGUUGAGGAGAGUAACAAGUUUUACAAGGAGAACAUCAAGGCUGGUCAGCAGGGUCUGAGCGUGGCCUUUGACCUGGCCACACACCGAGGCUACGACUCUGACAACCCCAGGGUAUGGGAUGUCGGCAUGGCAGGUGUAGCAGUUGACAGUGUGGAGGACAUGAAGGCCCUGUUUGAUGGAAUCCCCCUGGAGAAGAUGUCCGUUUCCAUGACGAUGAACGGGGCUGUCAUCCCGGUCAUGGCCAUGUUCAUCGGAGCAGGGGAGGAGCAGGGUGUGAGUCCCUCCCAACUCACAGGAACCAUACAGAAUGACAUUCUGAAGGAGUUUAUGGUGAGAAACACCUACAUCUACCCACCUGAUCCCUCCAUGAGACUUAUUGGAGACAUCUUCGAGUACACCUCGCAGAACAUGCCCAAGUUCAACUCCAUCUCCAUCUCUGGGUACCACAUGCAAGAGGCGGGGGCAGACGCCAUCCUUGAACUUGCCUUCACCAUCGCAGACGGACUGGAGUACUGCCGUACGGGCCUGAAGGCGGGUCUCGACAUCGACAAGUUUGCUCCUCGUCUGUCCUUCUUCUGGGGGAUCGGCAUGAACUUCUACUUGGAGAUCGCGAAGAUGCGGGCGGCGCGUCGGCUGUGGGCUCAUCUCAUGAAGGAGAAGUUUGGAGCGAAGAAGGAAAAGUCGCUGAUGCUGCGUGCACAUUCCCAGACAUCCGGGUGGUCUCUCACAGAACAGGACCCUUAUAAUAACAUCAUGAGGACCACUAUAGAGGCCAUGUCGGCGGUGUUUGGAGGCACACAGUCUCUGCAUACCAACUCAUUUGAUGAAGCCCUUGGGCUGCCCACCGUCACAAGUGCCCGCAUUGCCCGCAACACUCAGAUCAUCCUGCAGGAAGAGACGGGCAUCGCCAACGUGGCCGACCCGUGGGGAGGGUCCUACAUGAUGGAGUCGCUCACUAACGAGGUUUACGACGCGGCGCUGGGCGUGAUUAACGAGGUGGAGGAGAUGGGAGGGAUGGCGAGGGCCGUAGCGGAGGGGAUGCCCAAACUUAGGAUUGAGGAGUGCGCGGCGAGGCGGCAGGCUCGGAUAGACUCAGGACAGGAGGUGAUCGUGGGAGUCAACAAGUACAGACUGGAGAAGGAGGAAACUGUGGAGGUAUUGUCCAUAGACAACACUGCUGUCAGGGAAGCCCAGAUGGAAAAGCUGCGUCAGCUGAAGGCAUCACGAGACAACAGCAAAGUGGAAGCUGCCUUAGAAGCCAUCAGGCAGGGUGCUCAGGGAGACGGCAACAUGCUACAGCUGGCCGUGGACGCAGCCCGCAUACGCUGUACUGUCGGGGAGAUCUCCGACGCCAUGGCGUCCGUGUUCGGGCGGCACGUUGCCAGCGAUCGUAUGGUGAGCGGGGCGUACAAGUCGGAGUUCGGCGAAUCAGAUGAAAUCCAGAGUGCCAUGAGAAGAGUGGAAGCCUUCAUGUCGGCUGAAGGGAGACGACCAAGGAUCCUGGUCGCGAAGGUCGGCCAGGAUGGCCACGACAGGGGAGCAAAGGUCAUCGCAACAGGUUUCGCGGAUCUCGGGUUUGAUGUUGACAUCGGACCCCUGUUUCAGACCGCAGCGGAAGUCGCCCAGCAGGCGGUUGAUGCCGAUGUCCAUGUGGUCGGAGUGAGCACGCUUGCCGCGGGCCACAAGACGCUGGUACCAGAACUGAUCCACGCGCUGAAGGAGAUGGGUCGCGGGGACAUCAUUGUGGUGUGCGGGGGCGUGAUCCCGCCCCAGGACUAUGACUACCUGUACGCGGCGGGGAUUGCGAGCAUCUUUGGCCCUGGUACGCGGAUCCCCAUUGCAGCAAUGGAGGUACUGGACAACAUUGAAACAUCACUGAAGAAGAAACAACAUGCCUUGUAGAGUCCCUUGUUGCUGACACUUAGAAAGUGAUCCUUUGAAGUGAAAGCUGCCAAAGUAUCUUUGAGUUGAAAUAUUUGCUGUAGUGAUCACCUGAACAAAUAUGCCUAACAAGGGAAGAUCCGUGUAUAAAUUUAGACAUGGGUGAAAUAUACGAGUGAGGUAAAUAUUGUAGCCAUACUUCCGUAAAUAGUUUCAUCGCGUUGGUAGAAUAUAGAAUGAAGAAUUCUUAUUACACAACCAGUAGGUUGAAGCUCUGACAAUGGUGUCUGAGACUGAGAGAUAUCGAAACGUAAGCAAUGUAAGUACCUACUGGUUGUGUAAUAAGAAUUCUCCUUCAUCCUGUAGCCAUACUAUUGUUAAUGUAUUACCAUGGACGUAUGAAAAUGUCAACUUAGUAUAAAACGCACAAAAUGAA